AUGGGGACAACAUACCAGGUGCCCAACAUGGCGUCCUACGAAAACCACCAUAUGGUCCACCACUCCUCAUACACAUCGACCCUUGCUGCAUCAGACCGUGGGAGGCCGGCUUUGAACGAACGGACGGUUCCGAACGAGCACGUCUUUCAUCUGACCUCACGAUGCCCGACGCAGACGACACAUAACCACCAACAGGCCCCGACGCUCCCACAGCCUCGCCUUUCCGUUGACUCGAAUGUUUCUACGUCUUCGGCCGCCAGUUCCGUCACGCUUAGUUCGUUGGCACCUGCACCGACGGCGGCAUCACGACCUCCGCCACAACGGCCCCACUCGCGACAGCCUACGCGGCCGUCAACGCCGGGCUCGGGAGGUACCAUGGCAGACCGGGAGCUGUCGGCGAGGGAAUCAGCUAUGGUGCUGCAUAGCUUACAGAUCCCUCAAUGCAUCAGUUCAAGAGGAGGAAGUUUGUCGGACUUUGUGGCCGAGUUGACGGCCCUUUUCUGGUUCGAGUCCAUCACCGUUCUCGAGACGGCAGAAAGCGGCCAAGAUCCCUACGCAAGUGUGCCACGAAUAGCGGAAAGCGCCAUCGCGAGCCAUGAUUUCAAGAAGUGGGUGCAGACUGUCCUGUCAACGACACAGGUGACGCAGAACGUGAUUCUACUUGCGCUUCUGUUUAUUUACCGGCUUAAGGUGGCCAACCCGAUGGUGAGAGGCCGCACAGGUAGUGAAUACCGGCUGCUCACAGUAGCGCUGAUGCUAGGCAACAAAUUCCUGGAUGAUAACACGUAUACCAACAAGACGUGGGCCGAUGUUUCGGGAAUCUUGGUCGGCGAUAUCCACGUGAUGGAGGUGGAAUUCCUCAGCAACAUGCGAUAUAGUCUUCUCGCUUCCAAAGCGCAGUGGGAGGAGUGGCUGGUGAAAUUAUCCCGGUUCUGCGCGUUCCUCGAGCGAUCACAGCGUUCAGCAUCGCCAUCGCCACUUCUCAUCCCGUCUCCGACACACCGCGGUUUUGCCUCUCCUCUGCCGUCACCGACGGGCACACUCUCGCUCAACGCGUACGCACCCAGCCCAACGGUAUAUGCCGCCUAUAGCGGUGCUCAUGGGUGGCCGCCAUCAUCUGCCACGAUCAGCAGUGCCAUCUCGCCUCUAGCGUUGAAGCCCGAGCCGUACUCGAGCAGGAAACGGAGUUUUCCGGACAAUGACCCGACCGAGCCCCCUGCCAAACGUCAGAGCCGGGUGCUCCCCUCGCACGGGCAACAUGGAUCGCAACUGCCUCCCCAGGCCGUGCCUCUGCAUGCCCAGCUUCCUUCGCAACGGCCGUCUGGAUUGCUCGACCAAGCACGCUUGUCUGUGCCGAACCUAACUCUGAACACGAGCCACGCCGCGACAGCUUCGGCACAAGCUUUUCCCGCUCCUGGUACAUAUGCUCCGUCCCAGGCAUCUCCUCUCUCAUUGCCUCCUCUGGCCGCCGGCGUCCGCACAAUGGCGACAGUGUUUCCUACUUCGCCAGCCGCGUUUGUGUCUCAAGACUCGGCGACCAGCGGUCCCAGUGUUCCUUCCGCCAUCACAUCCGCAACGCCAACCAUGUCGUAUCCUCCUGUCAAGUAUGGCACCCCGACGAAGCGGCUUUCGCCUCGCAGCACACUAACUCCAACCGCACACUACCCUGGCUCGUCGCCUCUGACGGACUCCUUCCCCCACUCCGCCGCGUCUAUGGUCAAUGUCGGCAGUACAAGUGGCGUCCAUACGCCAAUAUCCCAUUCUCCGUCCGUUUACCUACAGCAGCGGAACAGUCCCUACAGGCCUGUCCGGCAUGUCAACACUUUACUAUAUCCUCCGUCAUCUGCAUUUCUUCAGCAGUACCACUUCCCCAACACGGUACCUCCGGCUCAAAUGCACUACCAACCUCUUGGAAGGCGACACGAGUUCCGUACUGGAAUUGUCCCUGAGUUCGCGAUGGCCAAGCAUCACGCAACCACGCCAACCCCAUACCAGCCAAUACCGCAGUUGCUCCCAAAUCCCGAUCAAGGGCGACCACAUUAUGGGCAACCCCUGGGACGGCCUGUACCAUCUUACCCUCCCCAGAAUUAG